AGGCAAGAGACAAAAAAGAGUAUUAUUUUGGGCUUUGAUCUGAGAGAAGGGGGGAAAAAGAGUGCUCCUUUUUAAAACAAGAAAUACCCACCUGUAUCCCACCCCUCUGUUUCGCAGAGCCCGUGGGCUUCCUGGCGUGAAGGAGAGAUAAAAUGUCCUACAGUGUCACUCUCAAUGGAGCCGGACCGUGGGGGUUCCGCCUGCAAGGGGGGAAGGACUUCAACAUGCCUUUGACCAUCUCCAGAAUUACCCCUGGCAGCAAAGCAGCCCAAUCUCAGAUGAGCCAGGGGGAUAUGGUGGUGGCUAUCGAUGGCGUCAACACAGAUACCAUGACCCACCUAGAGGCCCAGAAUAAGAUCAAAUCAGCAAACUACAACCUGAAUCUUACUCUUCAAAAAUCAAAACGUCCAGUUCCAUUGUCAACAGGCACCCCAAGAAUUGAUGCCCCCAUGCCCGUGAUCCCUCAUCAAAAGGUCAUAGCCAACCCUGUGGCCAACACGGAGUAUGUGGAGCGUUUCAACCCCAACAUCCUGAAGGAUUCUGCUCUGUCCACACACAAACCCAUUGAGGUGAAAGGUCCUGGGGGCAAGGCCACCAUCAUUCAUGCUCAGUAUAACACCCCAAUCAGCAUGUAUUCUCAAGAUGCCAUCAUGGAUGCGAUUGCAGGCCAAGCUCAGGCCCAGGGUGGCGAACUUGCUGGUAGCCUUCCUGUUAAAGAUCCUCAUGUAGACAGUGCCUCUCCAGUGUAUCAGGCUGUACUUAAAACUCAAAACAAGUCUGAAGACGAGCUUGGUGAUUGGAGCCGCCGAUCUUCCAACUUGCAGUCGAAGUCCUUCCGCAUCCUUGCGCAGAUGACAGGAACUGAAUACAUGCAAGAUCCAGAUGAAGAUGCCUUGAGAAGAUCAAGAGGCCCCGGUCAAGCACACCCCUCAGCCCCAGCUUCCCAUGGGCCAGCUGCUUACUCAAGCUACAGCGAAGCCGCGGUGCCUGCUUCAAAGCAAAGAGUUGUGACCACUGCGAGCAUAAAGCCCUCGGUCUAUCAGCCAGCUGCUCCAGCCCCCCCAUCAGUGUCAACACAUAUCUAUACUCCAAGCCAAGUUGAGCCUGCAAGUCGCCCCCCCUGGGUAACAGACGACUCGUUCUCCCAAAAAUUUGCUCCUGGAAAAAGUACAACCACCAUCACUAAGCACAUUCUGCCGAAGGGUGCUCCGGUGCCCGCAUCUUCUGCCCCGCCUCCUUCAAUUCCUGCAUCCAUCCAGGCUCCUGCUAUCGCACGGGGAACAAUUCAAAGAGCAGAACGCUUCCCGGCCAGUAGCCGAACUCCGCUCUGUGGACACUGUAAUAGCAUCAUCAGGGGGCCCUUCUUGGUAGCCAUGGGUCGCUCUUGGCAUCCCGAGGAAUUCAACUGUGCUUAUUGCAAGACCUCUCUGGCUGAUGUGGGCUUUGUUGAAGAGCAGAACAGUGUCUACUGUGAACGCUGCUAUGAGCAGUUCUUUGCCCCAACCUGUGCUAGAUGCCAUACCAAGAUCAUGGGGGAAGUGAUGCAUGCUUUGCGACAAACUUGGCACACCACUUGCUUUGUCUGUGCUGCCUGCCGGAAACCGUUUGGAAAUAGCCUCUUCCACAUGGAGGAUGGGGAGCCCUACUGUGAGAAAGACUAUGUUGCCUUGUUCAGCACCAAAUGUCAUGGUUGUGACUUCCCUGUUGAGGCUGGAGACAAGUUCAUCGAAGCCCUUGGUCACACCUGGCAUGAUACUUGCUUCAUUUGUGCUGUGUGCCAUGUGAAUUUGGAAGGCCAACCAUUUUAUUCGAAGAAAGAUAAGCCAUUGUGCAAGAAGCAUGCUCACGCCAUCAACGUCUAAAGAAAGGUCUAGCAGUUAAUAACGAAGUCAAAAGUUUGGGGGUUGAUUCAACAAACAAAAUAUAGAUAACUAUGGAUUUCUGAUGAUAGGGGGAAUGCGAGAUCAUGAAUUAUGAACACUUCUAAUUAUGCUUUUGUAUGUGCAGAUCUGUCUCUUGCACACAAAAGAGUGAACGAAUAUUCAUAGUUUGACAGUCAACUUCGGCUGCAAAUGCUUGAGCAAAAUGAACAAAAAAAGGGGGGAUAGUUUCCACGUAAGCAUACGGACUAGGAUAAACUUAGCCUAAUAGAACCCAUUGGUGUUAAAAAUAGAAUCCUUUCUUCGUAUUAUAACACAGCUCAAAAGUGCCCAAUUAUGCAGUGUAGGAUGAUGUUUUCGAGUCAUAGUCUAUUGUGAUGAGUCAACUGAGUAUUCCUCUCCAAGCCAACAAAGAUAUAUUCCAUUGUUUUAUGUUGUGACUCUUCUUCACCCUAUUUAGAUGUGGGAUAACUUUUAGAUUAAAAAAAUUAGGCCACAUAGAAUUAACUAAAAACACCCCAUAGACUGACCCAAUCAAAGCUUGAAUCCAAACACAGUUAAUGACCCCUCUGCAUUUCUCCCUAGUUACCCAGUUUCCUUGUAUAUAGGUGUGGCUUUCCUGGAUAAAAAAUUGUGCUCUUUCCAAGCUGGUAAACUUUGGUGAGAAAACAGUCACAUCCUGAAUCUUCUCAUCAAGGCAACUGUGAAUGGCUCUUCCUAAAUCUCAUUCACAUUUUUACUACAUCCCCCUAGAGUAGAACUGUUAGAAAAUGAUUCUCAAAGGACUCUGGAUGAGUGUGGACCGCUAGCUUGGUGACAGUUGGUAGGAGAGUGGGGAAAAAUGAAGCAAUAGAGAAUGUAUUGCAUGGAAGAGUAAAGAGUUAACUCAGAAUAUCAGUUUUCCUCCAUUUCCGUUAAGUAAGGAAGGAGAAAGUGUUGUGAUGUAUUUUCACAAUGCCUUUGUCGCCUCCCUAUCAAGCCAACUGACCUCGGGGGAAUAACUCAUGUAAGAAACUGCCCCGAGAAGGAGGCCCUCCAACUUGGUUCAGGCAAUUGCAACAGGUGGUAAAGCUGUAGUCUGUGGAUAUCUGGAAGGCAA